UUGAGAUCUCCCAUUAAGAUGCCGCCAAAAAAGAAAGGAAAGAAGGACAAGUUUGCAAACAUGACAGAAGAGGAAAAGAUAGCGUAUUUAGAACAACAGCGGCUCGCAGAGGAAGAAAUGAAGGCAAAAAGGACGGCUUUGCUCUCCAAAUAUCUUCAGGACAAACUUGAAAGAGAAGAACGUGCAUCCAAGAUAAAUAAUUUGAAAAUCACACACCAUUGGAGAGCACUUUUGCGUGAUUUGAAAUCUCAGGAGCUUAAAAAGGACGUAGAUAUUUUGGCGCAAACAUUUGAUAGAAUAGUGGAUCGAAAAAAUAGCAUCAUAAAGACUCUCGUCAAGGACCUUAAUGACUCAGAAGAGCAACAUAUGAUGUCUCUCCGUUCGCACCUUGAGAAUGUGGACAAAUUAAUCGAACUGCAAAAUGAGCGACUUCGAAAGCUCAAAGCUGACUACGAAGCUGAACUGAAACUCUUGACGGACGAGUUUGGCGAAGAGGAACGGUAUCUGAUUGAACAGCACACAAAACAGCUGGAUGAUCUGAAGGAUAUUUUCGUUGCAUUAGACUCCACGUACACAGCAAAAGAGAACGAAGCGAGAACGGAACAACACAGUAUCAAAGAUGAACUUAAAAAUCGGAACUUGGAAGAUAAACAUGCUCUCCGGACAUCACUGGAAGCAAAAGUCAACAAACUGUGGACAGAAUUCAAGACGUCACUUGCCUUGUACACCAAAACGACGGACGAGAAAAUAGUCUACUUUGAGAACCUAAAACAAAAAGAUGAAAAGUCAGCCGCCGAAAUCGAAAUGCAGAUGCGGAAACUCCAACGAAUAAAUGAUCAUAUUGCAAUUGUCAAACGUCGUAUGGCCAAAGUUUCGAAAGAGUUUGAGGAGAAAAAUCGACAUCUAAAGGAGGAAAGAGAAAAACUAGUUACACACUUUCAGAAUCUAAAAACACAGCUAACAAAACUACGGGAAUCUCAACAUGAGAAAUUGGUAAAAUUGUCGUUUGAAAGUGGUGCUGCAAUCAAAAAAGUACAGGGUUUAUUAGACAAGGCUGAGAAGAUUCUCAAACUGGCAGAGCAUUGUAGGAAGUACGAGACGGAGGAAGAAAAAGUCACACCGUUUUACGUCUCCAGUUUGACAGCCGAUGAAGAGCGGCAAGUUCAAGAAGCACUUCAGGUUGAAGGUGAUGAGGAUCUGGCCCAGAUACUGCGACAGUGUGCACCACUGGAAAUGUUCUGGAGAAGAUUCAACAAGGUUCAACUGGAUCGCCUGGCGAUGGUGAAAGAACAUUCCAUGCUAGAGCAGGAGAACCAACAGCUAAAGUCAAUCCUUCGACAGUAUUUGGAUGGGAUCUCUGUCAAUCCGCAAGUGAUUGAGAACAAAAACAGUUUGUUGGUUGUCAAUGGGCGCUCUAAUGUGAACCGAUCGCGGAUGCUCGAUGACCCACGAAUCAAGGUGAUCCCAAAACCACCCCCAAGGAAAGAACUUAUCACUGUUACUCCAGAUCUCACCGUCAAUGGCAAACUGCACGUAAAGCAGCAAUAGCGUUAAUUACAAAUCGAAACCAGAGGAGUCAAAGCGCGCAUUUUAUUUCUCCACUCUGCAUUCUUGAAGUUAAUUAUACGAACACUGUCUCCCAUUUCUGAACUAGGUCUCGGGAUCGCUUUGUGUGCCUUAGUAGUUGCAAAGCGUCCCCAAAAGCAGCAUGAUGGGAACUGAUGAGAAUAUUUUAAGAAAGCCUAUUACUUUUUUUCAGGACUACCGCAACACGCAUUUUAGCUUGUAUCAAAUUUUCAUGUACAUUUUUGCCAAAUACAAACAGUGGUCAGACAAGCAGAUAUUUUCUGUUUUUUUUUUUAAUUUGAGUCUGCACAAAUUAAUUAUCUUGUAAACUGUAUACUCUUCAGGUUGUUCGAUAAACUCCAUUUGAAAUUCUUGCUUGAUGUUGCUAGAUAAGUCUAGUGUUCGGUAAGCAAAAUAGAACCAUUCCAUUUUGUGCAAAAAUUCCUUCUCAUAGGG